AUGCGAGAGUCGAAGGGAGGGGAAGAGCGGUUCAGCAACAGCACGUCGUUGGACGAGAGCUUUGACAACGCAGUCCUCUUCAAAUUCGAGGAUGCGGGAAAGGUGGGGAAUGAGAACGUCACGGUGCAGGGCGGCAUCAACAUCGUCUGCGCGCGAUGCUACAUCAAGGGCGAGGCCGUCGCCCACCUCACCAUCGACGGCGCCUUCAACACGACCCAGGUGCUCGGCGACAUCGGCAGCGAGUUCGCCGAGACCUUUGACAACAUCACGACGUACGCCAAGGACUACGUCGAGGGCGUCGCCGCGAAGCUGUCGGACGGCCUGGACGCCGACGACUUCGGCUUCCCGCCGCUCAACAUCACCUUCGACGUCGACCUGGACACCACCUUGUCCGCCGGCAUGAACUACAAGCUCAACCUGUACACCUCGACGACGCCGCUGGGGGCCAAGAUCGGCGACGCCUUGCACCUCGGCGUCGUGUUCGCCAUCGAUCUCAUCCUGAGCGUCGAGAGCGAGGUGCGCAUGGGCAGCGGUUUCCACAUCCGGAUGGAUGACAGGGUCGGCUUCGACAUUGCAUUGUCCUCCAAGAACGUGUCGAGCGUGGACUUCAACGGCGGUCGGUUCGAGUUCCUGCCGGUCGUCGUCGAAAGCGCCGGCGUCGUUCUCAAGGCCGUCCUCCGGGUCGGCGUCAGCGCCGGCAUCCAGCUCUCCACCCCCGUCGACCCCAGGGAGCUCGAGAUCUUCAACAAGUCCCUCACGAUACCGGGCGCGUCGGCCGGCGUCGAGGUCGGCGUCUUCGCCAACGUCGUCGAGCUCAGCACCAACGUUACCGCCCUCGCGACGCCCGACGAGGACGGCUGCGCGCUCCGCGCCGUCAACGCGUACCAGUUCGCCCUGCGCGCCGCCGCCGGCGCAUCGGUGCGCAUCGGAGACCGCGUCUGGGACCCCGUGCCGAGCACGCAGGUCGCCAUCUUCUACACCACCCUCGGCGGCGGCUGCGCCAGCCAGCGGAUAGCGCCUGUAACUGCGACUACGACGGUGACGACGACGACGCUGAGCGAGAAGGUCACCUACACGGCCAUCGAGUGCCUGACGACGGGUCUCGUCAACUGCCCGCCCCAGCCGCAGACUCUGAGGAAGUUUGUCGCGACCGAGACGUUCGUCACGACCGUGGCGUCCGGCGAGAAGGCCACUUUUCCGGCAGCAACGCAGCCCGCCAUCCCAAAGGUUGUCGACUUCGGUUCCGGCGCCAAGUCUUUGAUAUCGACUAGCGAAGCUCCCAAGUUGUACACUCCCCCGCCUCCCCUUACUUCUACUCCGUCUGCCACCGGCACCAACCCUGCCGAGGCACCCAAAGGCGCCGAAGGCGUGAUUGGCGGGGUCGACAAGAAGGUCUUCAUCGGCGUCAGCGUCGGCGUCGGUGUUGUCGUGCUAGCUGGUAUUAUUGGUGCUUUUGUAUAUUGGCAGCGAAGACGCAGGUACACGCCUGUUGCUAAAGCAGACAGAUUUGUAGCCUUUUCGCAAGAGACGCAAUCGCCGGGCAGCUACGAAGGCGUCAAGGAACAAGAACAGCCCGAAACCACCUAG